GCCACCACCAUCAACAGAACAAGAAUUGAGGGAUGAUAAAAUCCCCAUGGCAGCUACGCCAAGAUCGUCGUCAUCAUUGCCUGUUGCCAGGCGACGAUCGAGUUUCAAAUCUUCCUUGUCUAGUACCAGUUCCCGAGAAGGUUCACCGCCGAAAUAUUUCACCCCAAGAAAACCAGGUAGGAAAGAUAGAUUUAAGUAGAACAUGUGGAAAAUAGAUUUAUAUACAAAUGUAGUGUUUCAUGGUAAUUAUUGAUCGAGACAAUCCUAUAUUGUAGCUGGCAAAAUUACAGAACCAAGGGCAACAUCGUCUACAUGUAAACGAAGAUCGUCCAACCCCACCCCUACUCACAGCGCGCCUUCUUCAGCAUCAAGACGAGUGUUAAGAAGUUCAGGGGAUGAUAGCAUCUUGCUAUCACUUUCACCAGUUUCGAAACCCAAGGUACAGUAUAAGAACUUUAACACGCAAGACAUGACGCUAGUACGCGUUGCCUCCUCUCACUAGAAAAGGCAUGGUAAGGGUGCAGACUUUCACACAGGGAGAACAACCAUUCGCCACCCAUGUUAAUUUCCAGGAAUACCCAUUCUCGUCCUCAGAGCUAUUUUCAAUAGAAUGGGUCUCGUUGAAACGUAGGCUAUGGAUUAGACGACCAAAAUCAAGGGAUAGAUCUUAUUGGUUUGUUAGAGAACUGCGAAUUUUUUAAAUUGAAACCGUUUUUGCUGGGCAAAAUCCCUCUAUCAAAAUAUCUCAAUACAAAUACUUUUUUGUAAUACUUCUCAUCCCAUGAUAGUUUUUACAAUGUAAUGCUCAUGCAUGAACUGCAAGUCUCUUGCAUUCCUACAAACCCCAGGGCCUAUGAGCGUUGCCUGAGAGAUACCACAACUGUUAAAAUAUUUUAAUAUAAUUUUCAAUCUGUGUUAUGUAGAGCACAAGAAAGACAAAUAGAAAAUUGAUCCCUGACAACGAUCCUCCCUUGGUUGAUACCAAAUCUCAGACCAUAGAUGAUUUACUAGACUGUGAUAAUACUGAUAACAUAUUAGGGGAUGUUGUUCCUAUUCAACCCAAACCGAUAGCGCAGGUAGGAAAUGAACUCUAUGCCCUAGUCAUAGAAUAAAGAUCCAUACAGAAGGGCCACUUACGUCGGAAGCUUUGAAGCUUCUGUCCUCGCGCAUUAUGCAUGUUGGCCGCCAUUUUCCUAGCCAGUCAAUGACAUUUUCUGGCGAAUAAACACGCUGUACUGGCUGGCUGCUCCGCCUUCUGGCCAGUAAACUGCAUAUUUUUGGCCCUUCUGUUACGGAUCUUUAUUCUGUGCCCGAGUUACCAGUAUAUUAGGUAGUCACUAUAUUAGGUACGUAUAAAUGCCCAGGGAUUCAAAUGACGAAAGCAUAGAGCAAGUGUCAGAGAUUUUCGCCAUAUUGGAUGAAAUAUGUCAAAACAUUGAGUGACUGGUGGAUGACAUGGAGAACAGUGGGUUUUUAAAACAAUGAAAAUACAAUGAACAUUCCGAUCACUGAUGGACACCAAAACCCCAUUAAUUUUUACAUUUUACUGACUUUUCUAAUUCCUCAUUACAGGCUGAUCUGAUUGACUUGUCUGGUUUAUAAUGAUAUUGGACAGGUAUAUAUCCACUUAUUUACGUACUGACGAAAAUCACUAAAUUCAUCUAGUCGCUGGUUUAAAAAUUGCUUUUUCCGAUCCGUAUUGACACGUAAAUAGUUUAUAUCCAUACAGCUAUAACGCUACAAUACAUUACUUCACACCUCUGUACUUCACACAAGAAUAAAGAUUAUUGAAUAUUGGUUGAAGUUUCGAAAUACGUAUGGACUUCAUUCAGGAAACUGCGCCACAAUCUUCUGUCUACGCGCUUUGACACGUUUUAUUUGCUCGUCUGCAUAUAGAUUAUAGGCAGCUUUGCAAAGUUUUUCUAUGACAAGUUCACACUUCGUUCAAAGCUAUAGGAUGCUAGCUUUUGAACAAGUCAGUGUAGUUGUCAUUGAAAAACGUGGCAAUAUACAGAUUUUGCUCGUCUGUGUGGGUCAACAAAGAAAAUAUGACGGCCAGAAAACCAAACAAAAACUUGUCGUAAAAAAAUGUUGUCUUUGUUUGUCUUACUCGUCUGUAUUAAGCGACAUAACAUUUAUACACCACGUGUACACUCAUUACGAUUAUUAAGUGUUAAAUUAGAACGGCAAAACGUGAACUAUGUACUCAGAAAAAUACAUAUAAAGUGCUCCUAACCUUUGCUGUUUUCUGUGCUUCAAACUUCUUUAAUGUACUGUACAAAAUCCAAUUUUCGCCAUGAAAUAUUCGUUGUACUUCGCAGCAACUCGCAUGUCGAGAAAGAACUUUAAACAUGGCGGUGUUUUUCCUCAUGACCAGCCAGCCAAUGAAAUCGCAAGGCUUCGCAUUAAUUAUCUAUACCAGCGCAAUUUUUUACCUUGGUUUAAAAUGGACCUAUAUUAAACCUAAUGAACAAAAUUUUGAUCUUAGACAAGUCUAGACAAAAAUUUGAAAGAACAUCACAAAAUUAGUAAUAUUCCGAAGUUUCGUUACGAAAUGUUGUAAAAUGCGGAUAAUAUAGCACUGCGAAAUUUGCCGUUUUUUAGCAUUUUGUAUACACACGGGAAAUUGAUACUGCUUUCUGAAAAAAAGGUGAAAUGGUUGUCUAUAGACUUGUCUAGAUCAAGAUUUUGUUCAUUAGGGAAUAAGGUCCAUAUAUAUUUUGCUUAUGAUCAGCUUUUUCGUCAGAGUAGAAUAUUUCUGUGAUUUGGAUAUAGGAACUAGUUUACUAAUUUUUUUCUCCUAUUAUUUAAUAUAGAUGGAGCAUUCCAAUACAAUAUUGAUCAGAUAAUUAUUUACACAUUAUAAUCAUUGAUGAAUUUGCAUAUUGUGUUAAUAUAUAUCGUGCCAAAGAAAUGGCUCAAUGGUGAACGAAGAAACCAAAAACAAUUUAAUUGCAAUUUAUUAAUAAUAUAUUUUACAAGACAUAUAUAACUUUGAAGGAAGCGUGCACUAUCGUGUGUGAAAAUUGAAUUACUAUACAAUAUACCGAUUCGAAAAUUAGUUGUCAAUUACCGACGUUUAUGCUAGAUUUAACAAAGAAGACUGACUAGUCUCGUUUUGGUGCUGUUUGCUCAUUCCAAAGGGCUAUAAUUUGGGCUUGCAUAAAUCGUUUUAAAUCGUAAAUAUAAAAUAAUGCAAAGCAUUGGCAGCUAGUUUUCGAAUUGGUCUAUUGUUCUGGUUUAUGAAAGCAAAGCACUUAUUCUUCAAUUCCAGGUAAAUUCUAGUAACCAUAUUACUUUAUAACAGAGGUGGAAAAUGGAUCAGAAAUUUUUAGAAUCUACAUUCCUGCCGAAACGCUCACAGACAUUUUUUAUGUUUGAUAUCUAAAUUACUAAAUACUUGAUUAUUGAAAUGAUUGAAUACCUUAAUUAAUCCACUAACUCGUUACCUAAAUUACAGCGGAACAGUUUUAUCAAAAAUACUCGUGUAGCCUGCAGUGGGAAAUUUGUUUUUAAUCCUGUAAAACUUUAUCACUUCAGGAUUUAUCUUAUAAAUGACAAUUUUGUUAUUUCUCCCUAUUGUCAGUCUUUUGCAGAAAAGUUUGAGCACUGACCUAAGUUCCCAGAUAGGAAAAAAAAAUUUUCCACCUCUGCUCUAUAACAAACCGCCUGUACAGCACGUACUGUAGAUAAUUCAUCUCCGAAGAGACAUCUCAACCCAGAAAAUGUAACAGCAAUCAUGUGACGGAACACGUUGCGAGACGAUCUCAUCUUCCUUUGACGUUUCACGUGGUUCGCCGGGUCCAUCAUUUGGGUUUCCUUCGCCAAUCAUCGAAAGAUAUUAGCAAAAUGUAAAUUUAGACAAAAGUAGUUUGAAAAUUUCCAUGUCUCAAGAAAUAAAUACGUUUUGUUAAUUUAUAGAAAUAUAUAAAUCUAUUUUGUCUUUGUGUUAAUCAAAGCAAGAAAUUCCCGGGUAGAAAUCUAUAUAGCUGCCAUUCAGUCAUAUACAGGAUUAUCUCGCGAUUACACAAAGUGAUUAGUAUAACAAAACGCAUUAUAAUGUACCGUUAACUAGAGAUAAACUAUUUCGCUGGCUCUUGUCCCGUUCCUUUAUUAAUAUCACUAACACAAAUCCAUCCGUCUACUGUUUCUCGCCAUAACGUUACCUAGACAUGAAAGAUGUACA